AUGAUAGUAGAUGAACCUGAAGAAUCCGAAGAGCAGUGUGUAGUAGAUGAACAUGAAGAAUCCAAAAAGCUGUAUGUAGUAGAUGAACCUGAAGAAUCUGAAGAGCAAUGUGAGAUCGAAGAGAAUAAUUUAGAUAAAUUAAUAAUCUUUAAUUAUACUUAUAAUUAUGAGGAUUUUCUGAUACUUUAUUAUACAAAUAUAGAAUUCACUAGCACAAAUGAAAUUGAAAGCAUUAAAAAUAUUUCUAUGGUGCCUAUUUUUGGGUCAGAACUGGAAGGGUUAAAUUCUUCAAGCUAUCCUUUGAUAACUUCUCCUAUAAAACUAUGUGUUGGAACUCAGUUUAAAUCAUGGGAUAUUGCUGAAUAUUAUUUGAAGGAAUAUGGAAGGCAAAUAGAUUUGGCAGGUAAAUAUAAGGCCAAAAAGGUUAAACCUAUUGGUCAACAACGUAAUAAGGGCUCCAAAAAGACUAAUUGUAAAUGGUAUGUUAAUAUGAGUAAUCCUGAAC